CUCGGCGGCGGCGGAAGUGCUGUGUGUGUGUGUGUGUCUGUCUGUGUUGUGUUGGGGGAGUUGUUAUUUUUUUUACCGAAGUCGCUGGAUCUUUCUUUAUUUAUUUAGGUGUUUGGGCGGCGGCGGUGGUUGUUUGUUGGUUGGAUUGAUUGAGUCGCUGUCAUGUCGUCCGAGGGGUUCGAGAAGUUGCACGAGUCGUACCAGGCGCUGUACCAGGAGCUGAGGCACCGGUGCCAGCGGCUGCCCAGAUGUUCGGGAGAAGAGCGGAAGCGGCUUCUGCGGGAUAUUGAAGCUAAAAUUGAAGAAACCAAUGAAGAGUUGGACGAAAUGGAAAAAGAACUGAGAAAUGCACCUCAGUCAUAUCGUAAUCAGAUGACCAAUAAAAUACGAUCGUAUAAAAGAGACGUGAGCAAGCUCCAGCGUGACGUGAGAAGCAGUGAUCUUGGAUAUUCCGCACCCAGGGACUUCAAAUACAAUACGUACAAUGCUGAGAAUGAAGAAAGUAAUCAGUUAGCAUCCCAGCGUGCUUUGCUUUUGCAAGGUACUGACAGUUUAAACCGAGCCACUCAGAGUAUUGAGCGUUCUCACAGGAUAGCAAUAGAAACGGAUCAGGUUGGUGCAGAAAUCAUUGAGGAACUUGGAGAGCAACGUGAGCAACUGGAACGAUCAAAAGACCGGUUAAUAAACACAGGUGAGAAUUUGAGCAAAAGUCGGAAGAUACUUCGUGCCAUGUCCAGAAAGAUUGUAACAAACAAGCUGCUAUUGGGCAUCGUUAUCCUCUUUGAAGUAGCAAUUUUGGGAGCGGUUGUGUACUUCAAAUUCUUUCGCCAUCACUGACGCCUGCCUGGACUGCAUGGAUGGACACUUGUAUUGCAGAAGCAACUUUAGUACCUGCAGCUGAUAUGCUUUUAAUGGAUUUACUGGACCCAGAACACUGCUACUGGAUUAGCCUAAAAAAGGUGAAGCUGAAAAUAGCUUCUUUCUGCAAACCCCUCAUUAUGCUGCACUGCAGUCUAUGAAAACUGAUAUCUUCUCCCUGGUUACCGAUGGUUCUUCUGGAUGAAGCAUGCCUGACCAAGGAGAAAAUCAUCUUACUGAAUGAAGUCACGUGAUCAUUUUCCUAUUAAAUAUUCCUACUAUCUACCCAGGUUGUCAAACUACUCAAUUGUAGUAAUGUGCAAACUUUUAAUAAAGUUACAAUUAAUAU